CGUGUGGUUCCAGCAAACUGUUCACUUGAACAGAAGAAGACUCAAGUUCAAAACCUUGCGGGAAGUUUGUUGUUGACAACCAGGCUAUUUGCAAGAUGGGAAGGAAAUUACUUUCAAGUGUAAAUAUCAAGUUGUAUUGACUAAUUGUGUUUAUUUGACGUUCUGUCAGACUGACCUGAUUUACAAUGGCCGCUUUACCUGGGGUCAGUUUGAUGAUCAUGUACGAGGAUGAAUCGGUAGACGUACGUUACGGAGAUGACUCCCGGUUACAUCUGGCACCCUGUGGCUCUGAAUUCGUGCUUGAGAAACCACCUGAACCCACGGCACACCCGCUCCAGUCCGGUGAGAAGGUCCGACAGAGGACGCGGUUCGCCAUCAGCAACUACAAGGGGCUACUACUGCAGGCUUUAAAGUUCAGGAACAAGUAUGCCACACAACCUUACCUCCCGGAAGAACUCCUCCCCGACUCCGACAAAGAGCGGUACUUCAGUGUGGACCCGGAGGUGGAGUGGCCCACGCCCCAGUCCAGUGGUGCUGUGCAGGGGCCUGGCGGGGAGACCAGGGUAAGCUCAGUGGAGGGGAGAGCCUGCCUGAUACUAGCUGCCUCUGGGGAGGAGUUCUCAGUGGAGUUCACCUGCAGCCUCAGCCACGACCGGAUCCCGGAGCAGAGAGGCUUAGCCAGAGACCUAGAUCCAGGAUCUUCCCCAGGGUCAGGGUCUGAUUCUCUUCAGGGGGGUGUCCGAGCUGACCAAUCAAAGCCAGCAGGGAUGUAUCAGUCGAGCAGGGUGGUCCAGCACCACUCGUGCUGCAGUGUUCCUGAGGAGUGGGCCUACCCCCUGGGCCUGGCCCUGGCUCACUGGGCCUCCUGUGGAGCGGGAACUGGCCUGGAGGGAGAGCCAGGAAGACAGACUACCAUGGAGGUCCCAAACCCAUCCAGCGAAGAGGGGAGGAGAUCUACCCUGCCCCAAGCACUGCCUCUUAGAUGCCCGUCCCCUCACCAGCACAGGUGGAAAUUGAAGAACUCCCUGGGACUGACAGAGCAGGACCCAGAACAGGACUUUCCCACAGAUCUGCUUAAAGUUGUCUGGUGUCAAGGAGUGGUCUUCAGAAUAAUGGAUGAAGCCAUCCCAGUCAUAGAGGUUUCCCCUGGCGACGGCUCAGUCAUUAGGUCUAAUGGUGCCCUAUCCAGCUACUUCACUCACCACAGGCCAGAGGCUGGGCCUGGCGGGGCUGGGACUGUGAAUAUGGAGGUGAGACAGAUCACGUACCACCUGAAAAGCCUUCCUCCAGAGAAGCCCAGACAAAGCUACUCUGUGGCCUCCAUUGUGUCCCGCGCCAGCAGGAUCCUGAAGUGCUACGCCCAGACAAGACACUCACUGAAGCUGAACGCAAUACCCAGCUGUUUACGCAAGCUGGAGAGCAGUUCCCCCAUGUCGGUGUGUGGUGAUCAGACAGGACACUCGUCAGACCCUGACCACAUUAAGGCAACAGAGAGUGCCCAGCAUGGGCCAAGCUUUGUUGCUGCAGAGCUGGAGAAGAUCAAGCGCUUCAACUUCCUACUUGACAACAGUGACCUCCCACUGCCAGCCCAGAGGGCCUCGCUAGGCCGGGCCGCUGGCCUCACAGAGCUCCACGCUCCUGGGGAAACCACCAUUGCCCAGACCCAGAGCUCCACAGACCUCCAGGAUACUGGUGGAACUAGCAUCACCCAAAGCAGCAUCGCUAAGGCCCUCCAGAGAACCAGCAGGGCCAUACAGGACAUUGACAGGCUCCUGUCAGCCCCCUCAGUCGCCCACUAGA